UAGGUCACUACAGAUUCACAGCUCUAUGACAUCAAACACUACUCACUUCCCAGCAUUACCUACAAAAAUCACUACUUGAUACCUUUCAAAAAUCAACCCACUUUGUAAAAAUAUUAUUGGCAUGAUAUAUUCUUUGAUUAGAAUUUUGAUCAGAAUUUAAAAUUUGUAACAGAACUGAAGCAACAACAGGAAAGAGGAGGAGAUAUGGCAAGAUAUUAUAAAUAAGAUUCAUUGAACCUCAAUUUGUUUACAACAUACAAUUAUUCAAUUUAAAGUAGUCCACCACCUACACUCGACAAAAGCAAAAUUCCCCAAAUGUAGGCUCCUUGUGUGAUAGGUGUGGAGUUGUGAUAGCUAAUCAUACACACACAUAUUUUGGUUAUGUCCACUGUCAAUCAAUACUUAAUAUCCUUUCAGGAGUUUUGCAUAUAUUCAUUAAUCCUUCCCCCACGCUAGUGGUAUUUGGUUUAACCUCACCAGAACUGUGCUUAGAUAACAAUGCUUAAAAUAUGGUUACUUUUUUGACUGCACUAGCUACAUGUCUACAUAUUGCUUAAAUGGAAUGAUAGCGCUCCACCUGCUUUUAGUCAUUGGGUCAGUGAUCUUAUGUAUAAUCUUACACUAGAGAAGAUUCUGUACUCCACAAAAGAUUGAUGUCAAAGAUUUUUUAAUGUUGGCAGUCAGUGCUGACAUACAUCCAGAAAAUUGAUCCAAGUGAAAUUUUUGCAGUCUGAGGUUUUUAUUCUUUCCUCCUCGUUUUUUCCCCCUUAUGAUGAUGAUGAUUAUGAUGAUGAUGAUGAUGAUGAUUUAAAAUAACAAUAAAAAUUUGGGUAAAGAACAUAUAGGUCACAUGAUUUAUCAUUGGAUUAUAGAAUUUGCCUAGAGCUUGGGUUUGUAAACUUUUUGAGCAAAUGACCCCGAAUAGACAUUAUGAAUUUUCUGCAACUCCAAGCCUUGGCUUCUCUUGUUCAACUGAAUAAGACUCAUUCAAAAUUAUCGAGGAACUAGCAAAGAUAUAGGAAUCUGUUUUUAUUACUGAACUCUUGUGCUGGUGCAUUGUGCCAAGAUAGUGAAAGACUAAAAUAGCACAUACACCCUUAAUUUAAAUUGUCAUUUAUUUUGACUCUGACUCCCAGUAACAUACUGGGAACAUGAAGCAAAAUUGUCUGCCAGAAGAACACGACAAUUGCAAUGGUGAAAUUAGUUCAAAUGUCUAGAACAGUGGUCACCAACCCUGUCCCUGGAAAGCUUUGAUUGGAGGAAGGUAGAUUUCAAGGAAGAGGGUUGGUGACCACUGGUGCAGAAAAAGGUAUAAUAAUAUAAUGAAAAAUGUGUGGUGGGUUGGACAAAUCCAUCUGAUGUUGCUCUGACGAAUUCUGGCAAACAGAAAAAAAAAAUUCUUCUGCCUAUAAGAUACUCUGACAUCGCUACAACAUUGAGAUUGAGAUACAUCGACAAAGAAACAACUUUUCAGGAAAACCUGAAUGUUUCCUGAAGUGUUUAGAAAUCUAAAUAGUAGAAAAUGAAAUCUUAAAUAAAAAAAAAAACAACAACUAUGGUUUAUGGGGAAAAUACAUGAUAUUUUAGUUUGCAGUGUUGAUUUUAUUUUGUUUUUCACCUGAUGUGUUAAAUAUUACGUUUGUCAUCAUGGUGAUGCAGUGGGUAGCUUUGUCGUUUGCAUGGUCCCUGGUUCAAUCCUGAGCUCGGGUUACACUGAACUGUGGGUUUCCUCUGGGUUCGCUGGUUUUCUUCCACCUUCCAAAAACAUGCUGAUAGAAGGAUUGGCAUCUCUAAAUUACCUCUAGGUGUGAAUGUAUGUGCAUGGUGCCCUGCAAAAAACUGCCAUCCUAUUCAGGGUGUAUUCCCACUUCACUGCCAGUGUUCCUGGGAUAGACUCUGCAGGAUCCUGACAGGAUAAAGCACUUACUGAAGAUGAAUAUAUGAAUAAUUCCAUUCCACAAAGCAGACGUGUGAAAACUGUUAAACUGUUCUUCAACAUGGAGGAAGAAACCCAUGAAAGCUCAUUUGGGCCUCAAGAAAAAAUAAGUUUGAGCUCAUCCAUGAAUGUGAACUGCCACGAUAACUCCAUAAACAGCAAGCCAGAAGAGAACCAAACUUUCAUCACCAAUGUAAACGACAGCAAGCUCUCUCGCCGGAGAUCUUACGUUGCCGUGGCUGUGCUGUGCUACGUGAACCUGCUCAACUACAUGGACCGCUACACUAUCGCAGGAGUUCUGUCUAGCCUCCAGAAAUACUUUGGCAUCAGUGACAGCACAUCUGGACUAUUACAGACAGUUUUUAUUUGCAGCUUCAUGCUGCUGGCUCCAGUCUUCGGGUACCUUGGAGACCGUUACAACAGAAAACUGAUCAUGGUGGGCGGGAUGAUCGCAUGGAUUGUCACAACAAUGGGCAGCUCUUUCGUCACGGCAGAGUAUUUCUGGGUGCUGGUCCUCAUGCGAGCCUUGGCUGGUACUGGAGAGGCCAAUUACUGCACAAUAGCUCCAACCAUUAUUGGAGAUCUGUUCACUGGCUCCCAAAGAACCCUCAUGAUUGCCUUCUUCUAUAUCUUCAUCCCUGUUGGAAGUGGUCUUGGGUACAUUCUGGGAGCCACAAUUGCUACUGCUACAGGAGACUGGCGUUGGGCCCUUAGGCUGAACUCAAUUCUGACGAUACUGGGGUUGAUACUUCUAGUAUUCCUGACCCCCAACCCUCCACGAGGCGCCUCCGAAACAGAUGGAGAAGCAUGUAUAGAGCACACGUCUUACCUAGAGGACAUCAAAUAUCUACUCAGGAACCGGAGCUUUGUGUGGUCGACUCUGGGAGUGACUGCCAUGGCUUUUGUCACAGGUGCAUUGGCUUUCUGGACACCCACCUUUAUGUCUCGGGCUCGAGUCAUCCAGGGCAUCACUCCUCCGUGCUCAGAAGAACCAUGUGACCCUUCAGACAGUUUUGUCUUUGGGGGAAUCACGGUGGUGACGGGUAUUGUUGGCGUUUUCAUCGGAUCCUUAAUAUCUAGGCAGCUGAGAGACAAAGUGGCCAAUGUUGACCCUCUCAUCUGUGCUGUGGGAAUGCUCAGUUCUGCUCCUUGCUUGUGGAUCGCCAUGGUCCUGGCAUCCAUCAGCAUUCCUACCACAUAUACUUUUAUUGGUUUUGGAGAAAUCCUACUUUCUCUGAACUGGGCCAUUCUAGCUGACAUCUUACUGUAUGUUGUUAUACCAACCCGAAGGGCAACAGCGGAAGCUUUACAGAUUUUAACAUGUCACCUACUUGGUGAUGCAGGAAGUCCAUAUCUUAUUGGCAUAAUCUCAGAUGCUCUGAGUAAGCUUAAACCCGACUCUGCUGACUGGAGGUUCCGCAGUCUAGAGUACAGCGUCAUCCUGUGCCCUUUCAUCGGUGUUCUGGGAGGCAUUUUCUUCCUCCUGACUGCCCUAUAUAUCAAAGAGGACAGGAAAGCUGCUGAGAUGCUGACAAAAGGAGAAACUCCAGACCAAGCUGAACCCGUCACAGAGUCAACAUGACCAAUAAGCACACGCUCAAUAGCACACUGAAACUACUGGAGAAAAAUUUAACCACUGAAGUUCAUAGGCAUAUCUGUAAACAUGUUUUAAUACUAUUUUUUAUUGUUGUUGUUUUUUAUGGACCAUUGUGCAGUUACAUACAGUACAGUUUUGUCAAAUGGUAUUUUCUAUGUCUAUGAGUAUGUCGAUGUGUAUACUUUAGGAGUAUCUUUAAUCCCACCAGCCAUAACAACUAACUACUUUUAAUUUUGUUUUCCUUUGUUAGUAUAAAAAAAACAAAACCUGUGAAUGUUUACUGCUGUGUGUUGCUCAAUUUGUUUUUUUUUCUUCUCAAUGGAAUAUUUGGGAAAGGGAGGGGAGGAGAGAAGAAAAAAGGUGAUGUUCAGCAGACAUGUUUGGUAGACGUGUUCAGCAGAAAUGUUCAUCAGAAAUGUUUAGUUCAGCAGAAAUGUCCAGCAGAAAUGUUCAGCAGAAAUGUUCAGCAGAAAUGUUCAGUAGAAAUGUUUAGUUCAGCAGAAAUGUUCAACAGAAAUGUCCAGCAGAAAUGUUCAGCAGAAAUGUUCAGCAGAAAUGUUCAGCAGAAAUGUUCAGUAGAAAUGUUUAGUUCAGCAGAAAUGUUCAACAGAAAUGUCCAGCAGAAAUAUCCAACAGAAAUGUCCAGCAGAAAUAUCCAGCAGAAAUGUUCAGCAGAAAUGUUCAGUAAAAAUGUCUAUUUGUGCCAUGUGAACAUCAGAAUCGGUAUCAAACUACAAUUCCCAGAGUACAGCGUGGCCUACAAAUGUGGCUGCCAAGCACUACAACUCACAGCCAUUACACUGGGUAUGUCUCAACCAGCUCCCUAGUUCAGUAGGUGGUGAAUCAGUAUAUUGUGUACAUGCAUUUGGGCACUGGAAACGACUUAAAGACUCACUACACAUUGGGGCACUGAUAACUGAAUUUCUGGUGACAUGACUACAUACUCGCGUUAUAAAACCUCACCAAAAAUUAAAACGUCAAAAUAUUUAAGGUUUAUGUUAUACAAAUUUGUUAGCUUAAUCAAACAUAUUUCUGUCAUAAUAUUUCAAGCAGAAUCAUAGUCAAGCUAGUGGAUAAAAUCAUUAAACCCUUAAUAGCCGAUAGACUCAAACUGCAUAUAUAGAACAUCAAAUAAAAUAAAAAUUUGUCAAUGUGAGUAAUCAUUUGAGAGCUACAUCAACAAUAACAAGCUACUUAUUACAUUUGUAAGCGGAAGUUGGCUGAGAUUUUGUCCCCCAUCUUUUUCGAGCUUUAGAAUAUAUGAUGAACAUAGUGAGCAUCGAUGCUCAUUGGUUUUUGUGAUGCACUGUGGGAUUUUUUAGGACCGACCAUUCCAGGGUGCUUCUCAUUAUUUUCUUGUGCAUCCUCGUUUCCUUUCCUCGCUUCCUUUCCUUGCGUCUUAGCUCCACCCCUUUGGAGACUGCAAGGAUGCGAUGUGAGGAGACAGGAAUCGAAACAUGUCGAAUGGAAUAUCCUGGCUCUCUCAAGCUUAACUUCAAAGUGACGUCAGUUAAUGAUGACUGUACUGUGCCAUUAUGUUGUUGGAGUUUGGUUAAUAAAAACAUUCUUAAUAAAGCAA